AUGUCGCGCAGAGAAUUAAACACUAGCGACAAAAGCGACUGGACCAUGAACUCACUCUCAAGCUCCAUCAAAAGCAUGGCUAUCGCAAGUCUCCAGCUGGCAAAGCAACCCUUCACCGAGGAGGAGUUGCAGAAAUCCUCUCCAGAGCAGGUUCUCCAACGCAUGCUCUCGACCAACUCAUACAUUUCGACCAAUUCGAGCCUCGCAAAGAAGCACAACUCCAGCCACUCUAACGCCGCUCUACGAUACUUCGAGGAGCUUGGCAAGGGACAGUGCGGUACCGUGUAUGGCCUGCUCGGCACUACAAUGGUCACGAAGCUGCCCAACUCUCAGAGCAAAGUAGCCGAACUUCACGCCGACUAUCUCAUGCACUUGAGGAUGCAAAAUGCCUUUCGGGAACACGACUCAGACCAUGAGAUCAGCGUGAGAGUUCCAAAGCUCGAUGCUUGGCACGCUCCCAGCUCCAGGUUCUGGGUUGAGUGCGGGCUGCUCUUUGAUGCCAACGUUAAAGUUAAUAGCUUCGCCUUGGUUUCGGAGCGUGUGUUCCCCGCUCCCCUUCCUGUAAGGGAAGCACUUGUUGACGCUCUCUUACCCACGAUCAUCAAGAAUCGGAAGCAGGACUUUCUGGCCAAGCCUGAGAACAAAAACUGCCUCAUUCGCAUGUACCUUGGCCGCCGCCACACAACCAAGAUGCAGGACAGGACCCAAAACCUGAAACUCCAGAAUUUCGCUCUUCAUGUCAAUGAGAUGGAGGCGAUCGGACUCGACACGGCUCACUUUGCACGUCUCAUGGCUAACACUCUGGCCAUCAUGCACUGGGGCGCAAUGGUCGACGGCAAUGAUGUCGAGUUUGUGCUGGGAAGCUCUCCGGCUAGAACUAAGACCUUGUCUUCGGAGGAAGCUGAAGCCCUUAACGUUUGGCAGUUGUCUGAGGCUGUUAAUAUCGACUUCGCUCGGAGAACUAUGGAAAUGUGGCUCAUCGACUUCAACCAAUGUGCUCCGAUCCAAGACAAUGAAGCCAGCAUUGACAAACUCGUUAAGGCAUUCAUCUUCAAUGAUCCAUACUAUCCUCGACCUGGUCAAUCGAAUGACCGUGACAAGGAGCUUUGGAGUAUCUUCAGCAAGAACUACCUCAAUGCGAGCCACAAGCUCACCCAAAGCCCCGGGCCGGACACCUUCAUCACACGUGUGGAGCGCGAGAGCAAGAAAAAGAGCAUUGAUAACCUCUUCUAG